GUAAAAAGGAAAAGGAGAAUAUAAAAUGAUGUUUAAAUCUUGACUUUAAAAAAAUAUUUAAAAAAUUCGAAUGGAUUGGGCGAUCUAUUCGGAGUUCUAAUAGGAUAAGAUGCGAGUCGUCUUGGUUACUGUCAUUCUAGACAUGGCUCUUAGUCGCGGUAUGGCACCUUUCUCUCAGUUCCUCGGGGAGUGUUUCCCCUGUCAGUCCUUCACCGCUACUGGAAAUGGCGUUGAGAUGAUGCUGAACAAGGAAGACGCAGUAAAGGCAGACGCUGCCAGGGAAUAAACUACUACUACUACUAUAUGAUUACCUGUGCUUUUCUUUGGGUUGGAUUCAUUGUAGCGGUGGACAAUACCAUGGUGAAUUACCAGAAAUAUAUUACUGUUAUGCAGCUGGCUCUGGGGGUGACCUCCUACAACAAAGAACAUCAUCUUCCUCCCAGGAAAUCGUUGUGGAUUCACCCCAGCCUCCUCCACCCCGGCAACCUCCCACACGGCAGAGCCAGCCGGGGUCAAGGUCAAGGUCAAGGACACGGGCUAGGACACGGGAGCGGCUUGAUCUCUGCAUCAUCGUCUGUGAGCAGCAUACAUCAGGCCCAGCCGUCGCUACGCAAGAUCAAAGGGCGUAUCCACAGGAGCAAGAGCCUGGACAGCAUCGAUCUGCUGGACUCCAAUAGCGCAGCAAUGGAGGAGACAGUCAUAUGGGAGCAGCACACAGUAGCUCUACACAGAGCACCAGGGUUUGGCUUUGGGAUAGCCAUCUCAGGAGGUCGGGAUAACCCUCAUUUUCAGAGUGGUGAGACCUCCAUCGUCAUCUCAGACGUCUUGAAGGGAGGGCCAGCCGAGGGGCUACUGCAGGAGAAUGACAGAGUCACGAUGGUCAACGCCGUCUCCAUGGACAACGUGGAACACGCAUACGCAGUCCAGCAGCUACGGAAAAGUGGCAAGAAUGCAAAGAUUACAAUCAGACGGAAGCGGAAGGUGCAUGUUCCCAUGGGUCGUCUUGGGGAGAGGGAGACCAUGUCGGAGCAUGAGGAGGACGAGGAGGACAGUUACGACGAAGAGAUAUACGAGACGCGUUCCACACGCAGCGGCCCCAGCGCCUACAGCGGCGUGGGAGGGGCCUCGGCACGGCGCAGCGGGAGAAGCACGGGAAGGCGGGACCGGGACAGAGAGCGGGAACGCAGCGGCUCACGGGAGAGGAGUCUCUCCCCGCGCUCCGACCGGCGCUCACUCAACCAGCCCCCGCGGCCCGCCAAAGUCACCCUCGUCAAGUCCCGCAAGAAUGAAGCAGAAUAUGGCCUUCGCCUGGCCAGCCACAUCUUCGUGAAGGACAUCUCCCCCGAGAGCCUGGCGGCCAGAGACGGAAACAUACAGGAGGGAGACGUAGUCCUGAAGAUCAACGGCACGGUGACAGAGAACCUGUCGUUGAUAGACGCUAAGAAGCUGAUUGAGAGGUCAAAGGGCAAACUAAAGAUGGUGGUGCAGAGAGACGAGAGAGCUACGCUACUGAACAUACCAGACCUGGACGACAGCGUCCCAUCAGCCAACGCCUCCGACAGAGACGACAUUUCAGAUAUCCAUUCGGUGGCGUCCGACCAUUCCAACCGAUCCCACGACAGACAUCGUAACGGCCGGUCCCGCUCCCCUGACAAGCGGUCCGACCACUCCAGACACUCCCCUCCACAGAUCACCAACGGCAGAAGUCGUGAGGAGGAGAGGAUCUUAAAGCCGACAGCGGUACCAGCCAAGUUAGCAGAGGAGGUUCCUGCCCUGCCAAAACCCCUGGAGCAGCCGGUCACCAGGGAGGAGAAACAGUUACCACCCCUACCAGAACCCAAGCCAGUAUAUGCUCAGCCAGGCCAGCCUGAUGUGGACCUGCCAGUCAGCCCCUCUGAUGCCCCUGUGCCCAGCGCUGCCCACGAUGACAGUAUCCUACGGCCGAGUAUGAAGCUGGUGAAGUUUAAGAAGGGGGAGAGUGUGGGUCUGAGGCUGGCUGGGGGGAACGACGUGGGCAUCUUCGUAGCAGGAGUCCUGGAGGACAGCCCAGCAGCUAAGGAGGGUCUGGAGGAGGGGGACCAAAUUCUCAGGGUUAAUAAUGUAGAUUUUGCUAAUAUAAUCCGAGAAGAGGCGGUGCUGUUCCUCCUUGACCUCCCUAAAGGUGAAGAGGUCACCAUCCUGGCCCAGAAGAAGAAGGAUGUGUACCGGCGGAUCGUGGAGUCUGAUGUGGGCGACUCGUUCUACAUCCGGACCCACUUUGAGUAUGAGAAGGAGUCUCCGUACGGCCUGAGCUUCAACAAGGGAGAGGUGUUCAGAGUGGUGGACACCCUGUACAACGGCAAGCUGGGCUCCUGGCUGGCCAUCCGCAUUGGGAAGAACCAUCAGGAAGUGGAGAGAGGCAUCAUACCUAACAAGAACAGAGCGGAGCAGCUGUCCAGCGUGCAGUACAGUCUCCCCAAGACAGCAGGGGGCGACAGGGCAGACUUCUGGAGGUUCAGGGGCCUGAGGAGCUCCAAGAGGAACCUGAGGAAGAGCAGAGAGGACCUGUCGGCCCAGCCCGUCCAGUCCAAGUUCCCUGCAUACGAGAGGGUGGUGCUUAGAGAAGCUGGUUUCCUGAGGCCUGUGGUUAUAUUUGGACCCAUCGCUGACGUGGCACGAGAGAAACUCUCCCGAGAGGAGCCCGAUCUGUUCGAGCUCGCAAAGAGUGAACCGAGAGACGCAGGGAAAGACCAGCGCAGUUCGGGAAUCAUCCGUCUCCACACCAUCAAACAGAUCAUCGACAGAGACAAACAUGCAGUGCUGGACAUCACCCCCAACGCAGUAGACCGUCUGAACUACGCCCAGUGGUACCCCAUCUUAGUGUUCUUGAACCCAGACAACAAACAAGGGGUCAAGAACAUGAGAACCAGGCUCUGUUCCGAGUCCAGGAAGUCCGCCCGGAAACUCUACGAGAGGGCCCUGAAAUUAAGGAAGAACAACCACCAUCUCUUCACCACCACCAUCAACAUGAACAACAUGAACGAUGGCUGGUACGGAGCUCUGAAGGGGACGAUCCAGCAGCAACAGAACCAGUUGGUCUGGGUGUCAGAGGGCAAGGCGGACGGCGCGCCGGACGAUGACCUGGACAUCCAUGAUGACCGUCUGUCAUACCUGUCAGCCCCAGGCAGUGAAUACUCCAUGUACAGCACGGACAGCCGCCACACCUCUGAUUACGAGGACACGGACACAGAGGGUGGGGCCUACACCGACCAGGAAUUAGACGAGACUCUCAACGACGAGGUUGGUCUUCCCACGGAGCCAGCCAUCACCCGCUCCUCAGAGCCGGUCAGAGAGGACCCGCCUGUCAUCCAGGACCCCUCGACUGGCGGUUACCCUGGAUACCAGCACGUUGCCGUGACACCGCCCGACCCGGCCAACCGCAUCGACCCGUCCGGGUUCAAAAUGGCCGCCGCUCCUCAUCAGCAAGACGAUGCUGCUCUUCUGGCUAUUUCUUCCUCUCUGCUGCCUGCUGCGGUGGCUGUGGCGGCCCCUGGUGUUGAGGCUGAGUCACAGCAACCUGCACUGCAGGUAGAGGGUAUGACCUCUGAACCCGAGGAGGAAGCUCCGGCUGCAGACUCACUCCUUAGCAGCCCCGCCCCUACUGAGCUAGCCCUGCCCCCAACACCACCAUCACUCGAACCCCAACCCCUGUCUGACCCGCAGCUCGGCCCUGGUCCUGAACCCAAGAUGUACAAGAAGGAUCUGUACAGUCUGGAGGAACCAGUGAGAGUAAACCACGGCGGCAUGAAGUCGUCUCUGAGCUACACCCAGCAGCCCUACCAGGACCAACAGCCACACCGCCAGUACGACCACCCGCCUUACGGCUACUGUAGCGACGGGGGGGGCUACGCCGAACCAAAGCAGCCUCCCCAGGGGAACUUUGACCCUCACACUCCUCACCUGCACUACAACAACCGUGUGCCUCAACACUUCGACGACGGCCAGUGGCCCCCCUACGACCAGCAGACCUCUUCCCCCCAGCCCCCAGGGUACCAGCCUGGCCCGGGCCACCAGCAGGGCUACACUCCCAGGGGGACCACCCCCUACGAGGACGGCCCAGUCAGGGACUACAGCCCCCCCCAGCCCUGCUACGAUGAGGCACCGGCGGGGAUGCAGGGCUACGACGGCAGGCCUCGUCACGGUAAAACUCCGGUGCCUAUGCGGUACGAUGAUCCGCCUCCCCCGCCGUCGGCUGGCCCUUACGACGCUCGCUCCCCUUACGAGUCCGAGUCCCCUCACUGCUACCCCGUAAGCUCGCCCCGCUCCCCAGACCCCCCCAAGCAGUAUUACGGAGACUCUGCUCCUGGCCUGAGACCCUCCUAUAACCCAGGACCUCCCAGCCGGGGCGGUGGCUACAACCGUGAACCUCUAAUGACCUCUGACCCGCCCCUGCCCCCUCCCAAACCUGAACCCCUGGCCUCCCCAGGAGAGAUGGGAGUAAACGCGGGGUCCAAGCCCCCGGGGGAGGAGGAAAGGGACGACCCGGCCAUGAAGCCCCAAUCGGUGCUCAACAGGGUCAAGAUGUUUGAGAAUAAAAGGUCGCUGUCUGUUGACCGAGCCAAGGAGGCUGACGACUCUACCGUGACGAGGCCUGCAGACCUGCCCAGACCUGUGACUGCACCUGGGCCUGUCCCCAAAGCCAACUCCCUCAGCAACCUGGAGCAGGGCAAGGCUACUUACAGAGCCCCCGAGUCCCAAAAUCCCCCUGGGGCUAAACCCCUGGACAACUGCGAUGCUGACGAGGAUGAGGAGUACUAUAGGAAACAGCUGUCCUACUUUGACCGACGCAGCUUCGACAGCAAGGCCAUGAACCCCAGCCCUGGCGUCAACCGCUUCCCACCACAGACCCAGCUGGCUUACCCUUACAACAGGGCCGAGUCUGUGGAGAAGGUGAGCCCGGUAGAGAAGAGGUACGAGCCCCUCCCCCAGAUCAGCCCUGUGUCUCAGUACGGACCACCCAGUCCUGCUGUACCACCCAACAGCCUGCCUAAACUCAUCCCCAAUGACGUGAACUCUCACCCCGACCAGCUCCUCAGCUCCUCUCCAAAACUUGACCUCUCUGGUCUCCGCCCCCCUGUCCUCCAGGACCCCCCUUCCCAGCCCUACCUGGCCCAGAGGUCCCCAGUGGGGGUCAACGGUACCGACGCACCCCCCAAAACCCCUGGUACCACUCCCACCCCACAAAGCUACAACCGAUACGUCCCUAAACCGUACACCUCCUCAGCCCGGCCCUUUGAGAGGAAGUUUGAAAGCCCCAAGUUCAACCACAACCUCCUCCCCAACGACAUUGGGGAGACAGACCUCCUGAUCAGUAGCAGCAACCCUAAACCCAGCGUGGUCAACAACAACGGCAGGACCAAGCCUCCGCUGUCUCCUCAGGCCCUGGACCACGACAGUGGACUGGACACAUUCACACGCACCAUGGACAACAGGGGGCCCAAGUACCAGCAGCACAACAACUUAGUCAACAAUGCUGUGUCCAAGGCCAUACCUGUCAGCCCCAGUGCUCUGGAGGAUGACGAGGAGGACGAAGGUCACACAGUGGUGGCCACGGCCCGUGGGAUCUUCAACUGUAACGGUGGGGUGCUGAGCUCCAUCGAGACGGGAGUCAGCAUCAUCAUCCCCCAGGGAGCCAUCCCUGACAGCAUAGAACAGGAGAUCUAUUUCAAGGUUUGCCGUGACAACAGCAUCCUGCCCCCCCUGGACAAGGAGAAAGGAGAGACCCUGCUCAGCCCUCUGGUGAUGUGUGGGCCUCACGGUCUUCAGUUCCUGAAGCCGGUGGAGCUGCGUCUACCUCACUGUGCGUCUAUGACCCCAGAUGGUGACCCCAAGACAUGGCAGAACAAGUCUCUUCCAGGAGACCCCAACUACCUGGUGGGAGCCAACUGUGUGUCUGUGCUCAUCGAUCACUUCUGAACAUAGAGGGAGACAGCUGGCCUGUUACUGAAUGUGUUAGAUCAGGGGGCAGCCACAGACUGAAACGUUACCCCCACUCUCCUGCUGUUGUGACCCCUUUGCCCUGUUGUCUCCCUCCCAGGCAGCAGGAGGCAGCACUGCUUGACUUGAUGAAGUACAAACUUUUAUUCUUGAAUAUAUUCUUAUGUUCUUGAACUUGAAUAUUGAACAUUAAAGUUGUUUAUAGUGCCCGCCCCUGGAAAAAGUAGGAGGAGUCCCAGUGAAGUGGGAGGAGUCUCAACACAGCAUCCUAUCCCAGCGCUGUGCUCUCCUUUUCCCACCCACCUUUUUUUUUUUGGUGCUUUAACUAAAGGCUUGCAAAAAAUCUAAAACUGUUAAAAACGAAAAUAUAUAAUAAAAAUGGAACUGUUGUUGGAAUGCAUGACCAGUGCCACAGACUGAAUAAUAAUCUAAUUAAGAUUUUUUUCAACAUUUUUAGCAGGUUGCAAGACAGGAACAUUAAAAAAAAAUCGAAGAUGAGGAUAAUUUUUUAAUUAAUUGAAUAUUGCAACGGAAAUUUUACAACUUUACUGUAUGCACUCACAAACAGAAAAGUUGGUAUAUGCAAAAGCUUUUUUUGUUUGUGAGGUUGUUUGUGGUCAUGCGUUUCGCUCUUAAGGAUAUCUGAGGACUUUGGAAAUGCAGCCUCACUCAAGGGUUAUGAGGGAACCUUGGUACUGUAGGCAUCGUUUAAAACACAACACCGUUUUGAAGGUAAUACUGAAGACUGAAGUUAAUGUAUUGGCAUUGGGAUGCCCCCUUUUGAUUGGUUUAGAAGAACUACUGAAUGUUUUAGAUCAAUAAAAUGUCACUGACUUGAUUUGACAAACUCCUGCAGGUGUCUAGAGAUCUAUGCAUGUGCUUCGACUCAGGUCCGGAAGCCUGCUACUACUAAGUUCAAACACAUUAAAAGUCCCAUCUUACAGAUGCCUUAUCUGCAUCUUAACUCAAAUGAAAACAUCAGAUCUUUACGUUUUAGUGAUUAAAAAUAUUAUGGGGGGGGGAUUGGAACAAAAGAAAUGUAAUUUCACUGCAUUUUGAACCCGUUAUAUCAGUGAACUUGGAUUAACUAUAAUAUGAGGCUGAUGAAGAGGCUUUCUUUUCCUGCUAUGCAUAUUGACGUUUCAGAGGAAAUACUACAAAUGGAGAACACUAGAACGUUUAAAUUGUGGCUGUAUAUAAUGCUAGCAUAUGGCCUUGGUUCGCUUUAAAUUCACUUUUGUACAUCUUUGUCAUUUUGUAUAAAAAGAGGUUAAAAAAAAUAAUUGUUUAUUAAAAAAAAAAGAAGAUAAAAAAUAUUA